ACCUAACACAGGGGAAAAGUCGAUUGGACAAAAACCACAGUGCUAUGACAGUAAAUGCGAGAGGGGAGAGGUGAGAGCAGCGUCGUAUAUAUAGGCAUACAGUAAAGGCUAACUGGCCAGGUAAGGAACACGAGAAGGAAGCGGCUGGCUGCGGGAAAAUUUGAUCCGCGGACAGGCUGGAAACUCAAGUAUCCAUCGGCAUAUCCGCCCGGCCUAUAUAAGACCGAGCCAGCUGUGAGAGGUAACCACAAAGCCUCACCUGCUGCAACUUUGGACCUGGACGGAGAGGAAACCGAGCCAACAGCGGACCAACAUGUCACUCACCUCCAUCCUUUCAGCUGAGGCCAUUGAAAAUGCUGUCAAGGACUGUCAAGCUCCUGAUACAUUCUGCUACAAAAAGUUCUUCCAACUGUGUGGCCUGUCCUCAAAGACGCCCAAGGAAGUCAAAGAUGUCUUCCAGAUCCUUGAUGAGGACAACAGCGGCUACAUUGAGGAGUCCGAACUCAAGUACUUCCUGCAGCGGUUUGUCCCUGGGGCGCGAACACUGACCGAGGCAGAAACCAAGAGCUUCAUCUCAGCAGCUGAUGAUGACAGUGAUGGCAGAAUUGGAGCAGAGGAAUUCCAGACUAUGGUCCUGUCCUGAGCUUCAGGGAUGAAAAGAGCUCAGGUCUUCAGGUCUUCAGUCCCCUCCCCAUCUGUGGACUUUUCUGUCCCCAGCUUCCAUUCCCUGUGAUUUCUUUUGUUUUCUACUGAAUUCUGUGUGUGGCUAAUUGUUUUUAAAUGACCUUUUGUCCAUUUAAAGACAGCAUAUCUUUAAUUUGUCUUUUCGCCGUGUUGGUCCAUGUUUUCUUUUCUGUACAUGCCUCUGACAAUCAAUGAAAUGAAUAAACAUGUGGAAAAUAGA